CAGCAAACCCAGAUGACAGGGAAAGAGAGAGAAGAUUUAUAGUGAGGGUUUCAAGGAAGGAGACAUGCCCAAUUUCACCCAACACCUCUGUUUCUUGCUUCCUUCUUCAAGAUCCCAAAGUUUGAAAAUGGUUCCUGCACCCCACCUCCCUGCGGACACAAAUGACCCGACUCAGCAAACUUGCAAUCAAGAUUCAUCGACAUGCCAUUCAACUGAUCAAUCUCACAAGGAUGAUGAUAUUGCCACACAAGGGGUUCAUCCUCAAGAUCAAUGCAUCUCUUCAAGUUCAGAUGAAAGCUACAAGAAGCUUGAAGAAGCUCAAAUGAAGCCAAUCUUAUUCAUGGCCAAUCCAGGUAUCAGCAUGAAUGAUCUUCAAGUCGAAAAGGACAUACCAAUGGCUCAACAUGCUUAUGCUGAUCAUUACUUGAAUGGUCUUUAUACUCCAUAUGGACCACAACCUAUAAUUCAACCUCAUAUCGUGCAAAUAGCUCCUGCCCGAGUUCCACUGCCUCUAGAUCUAUCAGAAGACGGCCCUAUUUAUGUCAACGCAAAACAGUAUCAUGGUAUUCUCAGAAGGCGACAGAUUCGUGCUAAGCUUGAAGCUCAAAACAAACUUGUCAAAAAUCGAAGGCCAUACCUUCAUGAAUCUCGACAUAAGCAUGCUUUGAAUAGGAUCAGAGGGUCUGGUGGGCGGUUUCUUCCUACCAAGAAACCUCAGCAAUCGAGAGCUAUGCGAUUCUUGAACUCCCAUUGUGCUUCAGGUUAUGAAGAACCUCACGUGUCUGCAACAGAUCAUGAACGUUGCCACAUUGCGAGUAGGGACAUGAUGAUGGAUCAUGGGUUAUCGUGGGGGAUAAGAGGAAAUGAAGAGCAUCAUCAUCGUGGUUCAAUGGGCCGGUGAGAAACAGGUUCUAUAAUGGUAAAGAACCGAUCAGACACCGGGCAGGCAACUCAUCCUUGGCUUU